AUGGAAGAAAAUCUGCGCCAGAUAGCUCUUUCUGCUAUUACAGCUGCCCCGACCAUUAUAACUGCCCCGACCAUUACAGCUGCCCCAACCAUUACAGCUGCCCCAACCAUUACAGCUGCCCCGACCAUUACAGCUGCCCCGACCAUUACAGCUUCCCCGACCUCUAUGGCUGCACCUACUUGGCAGGGAUUGGUGAAGACACAUGAGGAUGCAGAGACAAUUGUCGAAGCAUGUAUUACUGGGAAGCUUAAGUGGGCUCAAAGGGGCAAGCAUCAACACUUCAUUUGUAGUGGCACAGUGCUUAUUUUUCCUAAUUUCUUCAGAUGGAGAGAUUAUCGAAAGUGGGAUGAUAAUAGGAGAAAGGGCUUCUUUAAUACCUACCGAGAAGUUGAAGAAAUCCGGGGGAAGAUUCUCGUCAAAAAAGGCGGGCUGAUCAAGAAAACGAUGCGUCUCGACUUUGAGGAAACCAGUUUCAAGCUUGUCAGCUACCAUACCACCGAAGAUGAGAAUAACAGCAGCCUGCUCCGCCCAUGCCACGAUCCGAUCCUUAAGACAAUCAAGAGCCGACCUGGUCUUCAUGCCAAAUACCUGAGGCAUGAGAAUUUGACCCCUUGUUCUGCUUUUAGCAACUUUGCAAAGCCAGAGGAGAAUUGGACGGAGAUCUUAGAGCCUAAGGAGAGACGCCGGCUGCAAACCAUAAUAUCUAAACGCAAAAAACGCCGGAUGAAUGGCCAAGGGCCUCCGCCCGAACCCAUAACUUUCAGUGAGGUUAGUCAGUUUGCAAAGCCAGGGGAGGAUUGGACUAAGGUCUCAGAUCCUCGGGAGAGACGCCGGCUACGGAACAUGCUAAGAAACCGCAAAAUACGCUAUAAUAAAAAGCAUCAUGUCAGCCAACACCAAGACCAGAGCCACCAGCCCUCUCCACAUAUAUCAGCCCCACCCCAUAUCUUGCCCGACUACCAAACAAGAUCAGAGGUUCCCAACAUUCCAGAGAGCUCUCACAAUAGCAACCAGGCAUCUUAUGAGAACACCUCGGGCAACAACAUAUCAUAUUCACAGCACCCUGACCAUAUUAUUAUUAAUGAAGUGGAAUACAAACGCAAUAGGAAUGGUCCCUUUGCUGGUAUGCUUGCGUCUAAAGGCGCCUUGAUUGAGAUUGAUGGCGAGGAUUAUGUCCAAUACUGUAUCCUAGAUACAAACAGUACUUAG